AUGAAUUGUCAGGAAAGACAAAGAAUAACAUCCACUGCUGAGGGUAUGGCAGAAUUGAUGUCUAUGGACUCGUCAGAAGUAUCCAACACCAGAGAUGAGCAGGAAGAGGAGGUGGGCUGCUUGCUAUUAAUUUCAUAAACAUUUGUGUGGUUUUCUAUUGGUUGUGCAUAGCAAAUACUUAGUAUGAAAACUCUGUUCCUUUAGACAUAUAUUUCAAAGACUAAAAACCAAUCUGCAAUAGACUUCGGCAUAGCCAUUGACUUAUCAAUACCAACAUGGACAAGCUGACUAGGGCAAACGGGGGCAGUUGUAUUUAAAAUGUACUAUAUUAAAUGCUAGAAAUUUAUCAAAUGAAGACGCAGCUAUUAAGACUUUACAGCUUUUGAAAUAUAAAACUUCCACUCAGUUUUAACUUUGCAGUGAACUAAGUAGGGGAAGCAGUCGGGUGUUGGAUAUGUGCAUUUUAUUGGCGUUUUCACUGAGUUCAAAUAGGAUUUGCAAGACAUAUAAUACCCUCACUGUGCCACUCUUGGUUAAAAAUGCAGUUCUAUAAUUGUAUUCUCAGGGGCGGGAGGGGUGGAGACUAUCUAAGUGUUAAAGAGAAGGAAAGUUUUAAGGUGAAGAAGUAAUCUUUUUGAGCAGAAGUCAAAGCUUAGGCAAAGCAUGAAGACAAACGACAGGAUGUUGACGACUGAUAAUACUGAAAUAUAAAGUAGUGAUGUAGAACUUUAAGAACCAUCUUUAAUAUUUUCACAAUUUCAGCCUUAAUUUAUUAUUCUUUUUUUUAAGGUGAUGUAUCAGCCACUGAAAGUAUACUUGAGAGUGCGGCCGUUUUCUAAGGCAGAGCUUGAAAACAAUGAAAACCAGGUUAGUUGUGAAAUAUGGCAUCAUUUUUUAAAAUCUUUUGUGGGGAAUUGGAUUCAAAAACAGUUUGGGAAAUAGAAAUCUUUUACCUAUUUUUUGUCUGUAAUAUGCUGUUUGGUGGUCCUUACCUACCCUUCUCCAAACUCCAUCGUUACAAUGAGGUUACAUUGCCUUAGUAUGCAUAUAGUUAGUUUGCUUAUACUUGCUGUGAGUCACCCUUCACAAGAUUUGGACACUAAAACAGCUGGAUAAGCAUGACAUAUAUAGCAGUCUAGGUUUUUAGAUGAUGAUGCUUAGAUAACUGUACCACUGAAAUGCUCCAAUGAGAUUGUUAGAAAACUGGCUCUCUUGCACCAGAGCAUGGGUAGGCAAUGUGGUAACCUUCAGAGUUUGUUGGGAGUCCCACUCCCAUCAGCCCCAGCCAGCGUACUCGGUGAUGAUAGGAGCUAUAGUCCAAUGCCAUGUAGGCAACACCAUACCCCUGAUCUACAGUAAUGUUUGAAACUUUGCAUUUAACUACACUACGUCAAAGUGCAGCUUGCACACUGACGCAUGCAUACCACACAUUUAAAGCACAUGACUGCCCCAAAAUAAUCCUGGGAACUAUAGUUUAAGGGUGCUGAGCAGGGCCGGCCUACUCAGGAGGCAAGGUGUAGUGGCAGCUUCAGGCUGCAUGGGGUAACAGAUCACCUUGUUCUUGGUGUAGAUUUUCCCUCCCCCCUUCUAAUCUGGUGAGGAGGGGGACGCCAUUUUAGCGCCAAGUUUUUUUGCUGGUCCUGGUGCUGAGAAUUGUAGCUCUGUGAGUGGUGAACUACAGGUCCCAGGAUUCUUUGGGAAAAGUCACCUGCUUUAAAUGCACUUGAAAGUACAGCGUUUACACAGCAGCAGAAUCGCAUGCACCGAAAGCUCACAAAUGAAACCACGUCAGUAAGUGUAAAACAGGUUUGUAGCAUGCAAUUUAGUAAGCAAAGAAUGUUUUAGGAAACUGGUUUAAAUAAUUUGUGUGCUCUUAAGGACUGUUUGAUUAUUGAAAAUCAAGAAACAGUGACUCUUCAUGCACCUAAAUACUCUACUGCUAUGAAGAACAGUGAAAAGGGAAUUGGACAAUCGGCACAUCAGUUCACCUUUACACAGGUGAGUUCUCCUCCAGGGCCAAUUUCGGUGAAAAUAAAUAAAUAAAUAAAUAAAAGUGCAUAAAGCAGACUGCAUUAGAACACUUGGUGUAGGCUGCUCCUGUUUCUGUAAGUAGUGAGAACUCAGAGCAAAAUAUAGCUAACUCUCAAACAGAUGCACAGGACUUCAGCCUUAAAGUGCACCAUUACAUUAAUUGCAUGCCGCUUUCCUGUACUGUAUAGUAAAGUUCUUAAAGGUGUUUAUUCUUUUGAACUUUAUACCAGUUGUAUGGAAAGUGACAGUGGAACAGUGAAAAUGGAUUCUACGUACGCAAAUGGUGGCUAAGAGACCAAUACUGUUGAACUGGAAGAAUAGAAAUAUGAUUCCCCUUAGUCAGUGGCUUGACAAACAUGACAACAUUAGCAACAUAUGAGCAGACUGUCUAUGGACACAGACUUUCUUUGGAUAAAUAUAAUGAUAUUUGUAACAACUUUAUAAAGAAUAUAUGAGGUUGUUGUUAAAGAAAUUUGUGUUAGGAUAAUAAGACUAUACACAUUUGUAUAUUUGUGGAAAUGUAAUGCAAUAUUUUUCUUUAAUUUAAAUUUCAUUCACUUUUUUCUUUUUCUCCCUUCUCACCACUUUUCAAUAAAUGAAAUUCUUCUAAUAAAACAUCAAUAAUACUUUUAAGGGGGGGCCACCAGGUGGCACAUUGGAAGAUGGCUGACAAUAACAUCUCUCUGACCCAUACGAGGUAAUUAAGAGGCUGCUAUGGUAAGUAUGCAGUCUUCCUACCCCCCCAAGGAGGUGGGGGGGCUGCCUUGCCAGCGGUGUCCACAAUGCACCCCUGGAUCCGUGAGAUGGGGGUGCCGGUCACUUGGCAAGAGCCCUUGAUGAGGUCAGCUCUUCCUGACGCCGAUUCCAAUCAGCGCGUGCUGGUUAGCUUCAGCUCGGAAUUAUAAUUGGAAACAUACGAUUGGAAUGAAGCUGAAGCACAUACAUCAAGCAACGCUCGAGAGAUAAGACUGCUGAUUAAUGGAUCUCUGUGACCGGGAGUGACGGACGGAUAAGUAAAUCUUCUGAUGAAUCACCAUUAAGAGACUGUAUGUUUGGAAUGAAGGGGGGGUGGAGGAAAAAAUCUUUUUUUUCUUUGCAUUAUGUGAUAUUAAUAACCCUCCACCCCAGAAAGAGAGAAGAUCGUUGCGUUUUACUAAUCACAAGCAGGAAUUCAAGAGCUGUGUGGAAUGGAUUAUAGCUAAAGAGAUGAAUGGUAAACAAUGAGAACAGAGGAAAAUUUUAUGACGCAGUGUAAAAUGGCGACUCGCUAAGACAGGCUUGCCUGAGAAAGAAAGACAGGGGGAGGAGAAUCAGGAUCAUUGGAAUGAGAAGGAAUGUGAUUUUAACCUAACAGAGCCUCCUGAAAUAUUUGGCAAGCCUGAGAAAAAUAAAGGACAUACCGAAGAUUAAUUUUUUAUGGAAGUGUGGAAUGGCGGAUGUCCCUGACUGAUAUGAUAUUUGGAGAACACAAAACCCACACAGAGGAUGCCUGUUUUUAAUCUGCUUGUGAAGAUUAUCAGAGAUUGCAAAGGAAGGAAUAUACGAUAACAACAAGAAGAUGAAGAAAGUAAUAAAGGACUAUCUGGAUUGAACUGGAUAGAAUUGUUUAAUUAAAGCAGCAAUAUAAGUGAUGUUUGGACUCGUUCGGAGCUUGAUGUAUGGGUACCCCCAACAAUAUUUAAAAUUUGGCUGUAUAAUUUGGAAUUAAUGUGAUUUGGAUAAUGUAAUGUGAUUGGCCUGUUAAUAAAAAUUAUUUCAAAAUAAAAUAAAAUAAUACUUUUAAGAGGAUUCAGUGGUGCAUUGCUCUGAGGAUCAAACUGGCUGUGGCAUGGUAUGACUUGUCAUAAGCAAAGCAAUUAAACUGCUUUUCUGUGCCAAACUGGAUGCAACAUGAAUCUAUAAAUAACACAUUUUAUGGGGUUUUUUAAAAAACAUUAUCACUAGCUGCUGAAAGUUCUAAUUUGGAUCGGAAUAAUUACACUUGGAUUUGGGGGUUAACCCUUCCCCUCCAAGUCGUUCCCCAUUCUAAUCACCCUUUCCCCAAAGUUGCUAUUUGCCUCAUGGGGGAAACCAUAUAGGUAUCAUUUGACUUCAUGAGGCAAAUGGCAACUCUGUAGGAGAGGGAAGGACUGGUGGUGAGAAAACGUUAAGCUCCAGGGUCCCAGCUUGAAGUAGGCCCCUAUGGAUGCUGCUAUUAACACUUCAGUUAGUCGGAGAUCCCACUCACACCUCAUGUGUACAGUUUGCUCCUCACUGUCCCUGUAAAACUUUUUCCUAUUCUCUACUUAGGUGUUUGGACCAGAGACUUCUCAAAGUGAAUUUUUUGAAGGCACAAUGAAUGACAUAGUAAAAACUUGUAUCAACGGAGUGAAUGGACUUGUGUUUACCUAUGGUGUGACUAACGCAGGCAAAAGUUUCACUGUUCAAGGUAUCCAAUUAUUCUUCAUGGGGUCAAAUACAAACGAUCUAACAAUGGCAUGUAUUGAAAAGAGGCUCAUUGUUUCUGCAGGCUGCUCAAAAGACGGUGGUAUCCUUCCCCGCUCUCUUGAUCUCAUAUUUAACCAUGUAAGGGGAAGACAGUAUCCAAAGAUGAACAUAAAACCAUGCUUCAGCAAUCUUACCAAGAGGCUAAAUGAUAUGCAGGUUAAGCAAGAAGAAUCCAUCAAAGCUGCCCUUCUUGCUUCUCUGAAAGAGGUUAGUGGCAAGCACCCUUCCAGAUCCUGCGUUAAAAUCCACACCAUGUGGAUUCCUUGGAAACCCCAACAACAAAUUCAUACAGCCUCUCAAGGGGCCUGGUUUAAGGGGGUUCUGGACUAUAGCACUGCUGUAGUUCUUUGGGUUAGAUUAUGUGGGGUGGAAACAGUGGCAAGGAUGGGCACUGAUUUACAGCCAUCUUAAUUUCCCCAGAAUUCCUCUGGAUCCUUAGAUAGCCACCUAACCUUGCACUUCUCUUUGAAACACUGGGACAUCUUUGAAAAAUGUGGGUGAGAUUAAAAUGUUUUGGAAAGGAGGUUGGCACCACCGGUUAUGGGGCUUUAUGGGAGCUGUUGGCUCCACCAUUGCCACAUUAUGCUGAUGGAGAGCAGGUUCUCAAGCUUCCGAAUGCAAAUGAGGUGGUGGCCUUGCUUCUCAUAACUGUAAGACAGGCGCUGGGGCGUAAUUUGAUUAGUAGAAUGUCUGUCAUCUGGUGGGAGGGCCUUAAGUGUUGUGCUCUGGAAUUGGCCCCUCCCUUUGGGUGUUCAGUUCAGUUCAGUUGGAUGGAGGGCCAAGUUUGGCCAUCACUGAGGUAGAGAAACCAACUAUCAGGGUGUUGUUUUAAUUUCUCUCAGACAGUAUGUUAUUGUGUUACAAUUUUCUUUAUUAUUAAAACUUUGUUUGACGUAUACGUGAGCCGCUUACUAUACUGAAAGAAAAGAAACUCUGGUGAAGAAUGGUGGAAUAUCCUGUACUGUGUGAGUGAGGAGAUAUUCCCAGUUUGAUAGGAGGAUUGGUGUUUUUUAAUUACCCCCUCCCUCCACAACAAAAAACAUCCACAGAGAAGGCUUGCGUGCUUGUUUUAAAGUGAUUGUUCUGUAAGAUGCUUCUGAAAGGUUGGAAUGAAAGUAAUUUAUAAAUAAAUACUCUGAUUUUUCUUUUCUUCAUUUGAGACCACUUCCAAAAGCAGGAAACAUGCAUGACUGGUGUUUUUAGCUUCUUGUGCAUUUAUGCACUCAUGCCACUGCUGUGCAUGUUGUGUGCAACAAGUUGGCUUUAUUCUCCUAGUCUUAUGCAUUUCUAAGGUGUGGUAGUUCUGAGUGCUGAAUCAUGCUGUUCACUUCAGGAGGAAUCUUUAGCUAUUAUGAUAAUGCAGCAGAGCAUCCAAGGGGACUUCUCAAAGCAUUUUCCUGCUUGGCAUGGAGGUCUAUGGAAGGAAGGAAGAAAUAAGAUAAAUACCACUAUGGAUUUUUUCUCAAUCCCUUAGAUCAGGGGUGGGGAAUCUGUGGCCCUCCAGAUGUUCCGGGACUCCUGUACCCAUCAGCCAAGUCAGCAUAGUCAGGAAUGAUGGAAGUUGUAGUUCAAGCAACAUCUGGAGGGCCACAACAUACUUUCCCUUUCUUACAUAUCUUUUUCAGUCUCAACCAAAGUCUGACUUUCAUCUUGAAUUCUUCUUGGGGAUGAAAGUGUUUCUCUUCAACCAGGCAUUUGGCUGUUUAACAUUCUAUAGUUUUAAAAAUGUGUUUGUGGGAGGGAGGUUAUUGAUUUGUUUUUGUUUUAUUAUAUAUUUUGUAUUCUCAUUUUGUAUUUUCCUGUUGUGAACCUCUCUGGGAUAUUUGGGUAAAGGGUGGUAUACAGAUUUAAUUAUUAUUAAUAAUAAUAUUCUCAAAAAAUGCACUUACCUUGAAUUAUUGGGAAUAUCCCAUUCAAAAUUGAUUUAAUUAGAAACUAUACCAGUUGCUUUGUUUUUAAAAAACUUAAUUGGUGGAUAGCUUGCCUCCUGUAGAAAUUAAAAGAUGUGAAUACAGUCAGCAACAUAACCUUGACAUUUUUGUAUUUCAUCAAGGAUACUGAAAAUACUUCAAAGUCUAUCACAUCUUCAAGUGCAUCAGGCUCAACUUCUAGUAGCUGUAGCUCACCAAGUUUUGUUUUGAAUGAAUCAGGUAAUGGGUGAAUAUUUGUGGUUAAAAAUGCAUAUAGAAUUGUGUGAAAUGGUCGCUAUAGCAUUGCUUACUAAUCGUAUAAAAACAGGAUUAAUUUUUGUAGGAUAUUGGGGAAAGAAUAUCCCUAUGUUUAUUUAUUAAAAUAUUUGUAUAUUGACUUUCAUAUGUAAUAUCACAAAAUAAAAUGAUUAAAUUCAGAGCAGGCAUUUAAAAGAAUCCAGCUGGUACUGAUGUUUAGCAAAGGCCUCCAGGAAUAAAUGUGUUUCCAGCAUGUGCCAAAGUUGUCAGAGGGGGAGGUGCUUCCACAGGAAGGGCAUUGCUGUUGAAAAGACCCCCCUCCUGGUUACUACUAAGUGAAUCACAAUGCAACCAGGAGACCUCAUCCAAUGAUUUUAGUGCAAUAAUGUGUAGUAAUGCAAAAGUAUGUGCCUUGCACCAAAUGCUUCCACAAGAAUGGUGCAAUAGCUGUCCUGGGAGGAAGUAUCCAUAAAUGAGAACAAAAAUAGCGCAUACCUUCUGCUACUGUAAGUUGUUUUAAACUGUUUCUGAUACUGUGUUUUAAUGUUGGAACGCGACCUUAGGGCAAAGGGCAGUUAAAUAAAUUUAACCUUACAAUAAACAACACUCCCUUUAUUCACCAUCCUUGAAUGUUUAGAUUCUGAGGUUUAUAGCAAGUGCCCCAGGACCCUAGCAUCUGUUUGGGUUUCUUUCUUUGAAAUCUACAAUGAGUACAUCUAUGACCUACUGGAUGUAGUGCCUGCAUCGAAAAAUCAGAAGCGCAAAGUUUUAAGGAUAUGCGAAGAUCAGGGAGGAAACUCUUACGUAAAAGGUAAUGCUGCAACUUUGGUGGUACUGCUUCAAAGGAAUAAUUACUCUUUUGGGUCUCAAGAAUCCAUCUAGCCCAGAUGUUUUCAACCUUUUUGAGUCCACGGCUCCCUUGACCAACUACAUUUCUUUCUGCGCCACCCCUGUGGGGUUCACGAGCCCAGUUAUGUCACCCCUUGCCUCCAGAGCUGGCAGCCUCUCACCCUUGUCAAGCACCCUCCCUUGUGGAGUGUUCCCUCAGCCUCCUCUCCCCUCUCCUUUGGGCAGCAGCUGCUGCCAUCCCUGGUCUCUGAGCUGCUCCCCCCCCCUCGCCCCAAAUAGAGGUGUCUCUCAGAGGCACCAUUUGCCUGCAGAGCUUACAGCCAGGGCUGAUGCAAUAAACAGCUGUGCAAGCCUUUGGGAAGCAGAGAUGCAAGAGGGUGUCAGAAGAGGGAGGGAAGGAAAGAGGGACAGAGGCCAGUGUUGCCUGUGGCACCCCUGACUAUCAUUCAUGGCACGCUGGUUGAAAACCACUGAUCUAGCCAAAUACAGUGGUACCUCGGGUUAAGUACUUAAUUCGUUCUGGAGGUCAGUUCUUAACCUGAAACUGUUCUUAACCUGAAGCACCACUUUAGCUAAUGGGGCCUCCUGCUGAUGCUGCACCGUCGGAGCACGAUUUCUGUUCACAUCCUGAAGCAAAGUUCUUAACCCGAGGUACUAUUUCUGGGUUAGCAGAGUCUGUAACCUGAAGCGUAUGUAACCUGAAGCGUAUGUAACCCGAGGUACCACUGUACUAUUUCUUGGACAGUGGACAGCUUCAGCUGCAUGAGGAAGCUCUUGACACCAGGGGGCGCAGCUUUCCCACUCUCAGCCAAAUUUAGCAAGUAGUUGCAAGACCAAAUAAAUGUACAGAAUGCACUUGUAAGCCUUGAUUUCCAUUGUAAAUAAUCUAAGGUGUAAUGAAGUUCGCCCAUGUUUUUGUUAUGUUCUAUCUUGAAAAGGUUCCACGGAUGGAUUGCUUUGAGCUGUUUGGUUAUAGUCACUGAAUACAGAUGGCCAGUUAUGGCUCCGUGUGCUUGAGAAUGGUUAACCUUCCCCCACCAUUUUUAUAUCAUGGCUAUUUGUGCUGUUAAGAAGAACCUAGGGGCAUCUGUAGUGCUGGUGAAGGAGUUUUUGAAUUCAAAGCCAACACACAUCCGUUUUCUUCCCUCCCUUGUUCCCUGCCAGCUGCUUUUAAAGCAAAUUAAGAGGUGCGAGAUCAGUUAUUGAUCACCAAAAUCUUGUUCAUCUUGCAUCUAAAAAUAAUAGUUCUAUGCUGCCCCAACUCGUGAAGACAGACAUGUAUUUAAAAAUAUGCCAUUUUGUUUAUGUGUUACUGUUUUUAUUCAAAAAUCCAAAAAUCCAUACUUUAUAUCUGUGGUCCUUCAAAUUCUGGUUUGAUUCCAGAUUAGUAUAAUUUUAAAAACAAUAAUAUUUGUUGCUUUUUUACAUUAGGUGUGGCUAUCCUGUGACCUUCCAUAUGUUGUUGGACUACAUUUCCCAUCAUCCCUGGCUGGGCCUGAUGGAAGUUGGAGUCUAAGAACAUCUGGAAGGUCACACAGGUUAGCCACCCUUGCUUUAGGCUGCCGCUGUUUCAAAUCUAUCUUGAUCUCCAUUAUGUUCUCACACUUAGGUUGUAACCUUACACCCAUUUAUGUAUAUAAGUAAAACUUUUUGAACUCAGUGGGUCUGGUUUCUUGUGUAAGCAAGUAGAAAAGUGCUGUAUGCUGUAAACGUGCCAAAAUGUUUACAUACUGCUGUUUUUCUGAUGGUUAUGCAUACUUAAUUGUAUAAAAUACCUUAUUUCCCCAGACCUAAAGUGGAUCAGUAUAAAGAGUACAGAUGAGGCUUGCAAAAUUCUUAAAGUAGGAAAUAAGAACAGAAGUUUGGCAUGCACCAGGAUGAACCAACAAUCAAGCAGAAGGUUUGCAGUCUCAUUUUAGAGGUUCUUGUUCCUUAAGGAGGUGGUGGUGGUUAUUGGGUUGUUGUUGUUUUGGUUUUGAUUGUGUAUUUUUUGGUUUUAUAUUUUGAUUUUAUUCUGUGAACUGCCCUGAGACCUCCUAGUAUAGGCCGCUCUAUAAAUUCAAUAAAUAAUAAUAAAAAAUUUAGGCUAAUGGCAUUACUAAGACCACAAUUAACUAUGUAGGGUUUUAAACCAGGGGUGGAUAGCUCUGUUGGUGAGAGCAUAGUGCUGAUAACGCCACGGUUGCAGGUUUGAUCUCCAUAUGGGGCAGCUGCAUAUUCCUGCACUGUGGGGGGUUGGACUAGAUGAUCCUCAGGGUCCCUUCCAACUCUGAUUCUAUGAUUUAUGGGCUCACAAGCCAGUUUGGGCCCAUAAGGCCAUUUCCCCGACAGCAUGCACACCUGUCCACCAGCUGAUGCUACUGGGUGAUGACAGCAUUCUUCAAAUAGCAGCUCUCUGUGCCCGUGGCAAGUUGCACACCUGGAUGUUCCUGUUUUUUAUACAGCACUAGGGGCUGCUGUUUAGAUCAAAAUCUUAAAACCUGCUUGAUGUGUGCAAGUCACUGGCAGAACCAAAAUGAGGAUGAAUUGGUUCAUAUCCUGCGACAGCAAUGCCCCUUUCUUGUUACGAGAAGGAUAUGCUAUCUUGGACUUCCUGGCUAGAAGGAUCUCUGCUUGUGGAAAAAUCAAUGAUUAAUGUUGAGAACUAUCUGUUCGUUAAUGAUCACUCGGCUGCAACUAGUUUGUGUUGCGGUGUUUCCUAGGAGACUUGGAGAAGGAGACUUAGCCCUUCUUAAUUGCAGAAGGGGCCUGUCUAGCCCUGAUAGAUAAACAAGACUAGAGCAUGGCCAUUCACACCCAGAGUCCAGCCAUUUUUGGUUUUGGAGAGAGAGUGUGGAUAUCCUAAACACUGUAUUCUUGACUAUUGCCCUUUAUCCUUUCUACUGGCACUAGAUUUAUUCUGGAAUCUAGCUGCCAAUUUUCAAGGUUACUUUGUAUUUGGUGUGUUGGUUUUUAUUUUUAUUUUUACAUAAUCUAAUUUAAAGAAAAAGUAAUAUAUUGCCUUAACCAUAGCCCCUUAACCUCUCUAUAAUUAGCUUAAAAAUUAAGCAUAUGGGAUAUACCCACAUGCCAAGUUAAUUUCCAAAUAUUUCCUCCAACCCAGGGAAAGUUUGGAAAAUAUGGGACUUUUCCCAUCUUAGGGGAAAUGAUGGGACUUCUGAAUUUGUCCCAUUGAUCUGCAUGGACCUUAGACAUAGCUAACUUUUUUCUGAUGAAUGCUUUUGCAUGUUAAAAACUGUGCACAUUGAAGAACAGCACGUUAAGAGUAUUAUGAAGCUUUGGCAUCUGAAUAUAAUUCUAGGCAGAGGUGUAUCAUCAAUUAUAGAAUGGUAUGGUAAAAUUUGGGACUCUGCUUUAAUGGCUAAAUUGACCUCCUUUAUCAGACUCAAAGGACAAAAUUAAAGUUGGGAUAUUUUCAGGCAAAAAUGUUUUAUUGAUCAUUAUAGGAGAUAUGUUAUCCAGUGCACAUUAUGGAGUCUUGAUGUUUUGAUAGAAAGAAAUAUAUUUUUCUAUGGGUGGCUUGCUGUAUUAUUAAACAGUAAGCCCACAACUUUCAUGGGGCUUAUGUUCUGGGGAUCACGCCUAAAGCCAAAAUUGUGUAUAGUCAAAACACAUUGGGUUCAAUGGUGGGUGGGAUUGCCAAAGUUUCCACCUCUGGAUGCCCACCCCUUUUCUGACCCUUUUCAAAUUUUGUAUAACACAUUUUGGCCAAGCCUGUAAAGUUAAAUGUUAGUAAGUUGCUUGUGUGCUGUAUGCCAAAAUUUCAGUUAAGUAAAGUUUAUAUGCAUUAUCUCAAUAUGACUAAUUGUAAGAUACCUUCUCUUCUCUUCUCUCUUUUUUGAAACACCCCACCCCAUCCAAUUUUGAGAUACCGUCUCUUUAUAUCUUCUACUUUUUUAAAGCUAUGUACUUUGUAAUAUAAAAGGAAUAAAAAACUCUAAAUAAUAUUAAUACUUCCAGACAGAUGUCAAACAAAUAUAUAUGUGAAUUGAUUAUUCAAGCACUACAUCAGUUAAGCCCCACAGGAGAAAGUAAAGAAGCACAAUAUAGAGCAUAAAGUAAAGGUAAAGGUACCUCUGCCCGUACGGGCCAGUCGUGUCCGACUCUAGGGUUGCGCGCCCAUCUUGCUCAAGAGGCCGGGAGCCAGCGCUGUCCGGAGACACUUCCGGGUCAUGUGGCCAGCGUGACUAAGCGGCAUCUGGUGAGCCAGCACCAGCGCAGCACACGGAAACGCCGUUUACCUUCCUGCUAUAAAGCGGUACCUAUUUAUCUACUUGCACUUAGGGGUGCUUUCGAACUGCUAGGUGGGCAGGAGCUGGGACCGAACGACCGGAGCUCACCCCGCCGUGGGGAUUCGAACUGCCGACCUUGCAAUCAGCAAGUCCUAGGUUUUACCCACAGCGCCACCCGCGUCCCUAUAGAGCAUAAUACAAAGUAAUUAAAUAAUGACAUGAUUAAAAAAUUGAACUUGUGUCUCUUUUCCUCCAGUCACAGUAUAUUUUCUAUUCGACUGCUCAGCUUGAGUGAUGAGAGUGUGCCACGAGUUCUUGGAGUCUCUGAGUAAGUGGUUUUUUUGCUUCUGCUAAAUAUGUACUACAGUGAAUCUUCCUUUGUGUGGCAAAGUUGUUGAGGACAAACUAGUGUUCUCAGUUUUAAACUAUGCUAAAGUGCAAGCAUUUUUUUACUGGCCUAUGGUUGGAGCUCCUGUCUUUGGCACUGGAACAAUGUUGAGACUUUGCUUUGUAGGUCUCACUGCUUUCCUGGUGCAGAGAAAGUUGAGUGAAGACAAAAUCUUCUUCUUUGUAAAUGGGCUUGUACAAAUGCCACAGUGUGUUUUGAUUUUGCAGUAUAUAGAUCUUUUUGUCCUUGUGUUUGUGUAGCUUCAUCUAUCAAGGUGAACAGGGUAACUCUGUACACAAACUGAUUGUAUGGGAAUGUCAUGAUAAGCCAAGGUUUAUAGCAGGUAGAGAACCUUCAGCCUGCAGGCCAGGCCAGGCCUGCCAUUAGUUCAUAUUUGGCCUACAAGGCUGUUUUUCACCAAACCACCUGUGUUCUCCAAACCAUCAUAUGUGGUGUCAGGUGUGAGGCAGGUAGAGAACACACCUACUAGUGCCACAAGCUUUGGCAAGAGAAAGCAAACUUCAGGCCUGCUGAACUGGCUGCACUAGCGAGUUCCAAUGUUUGCAGAAAGCAGGCUUUGUGUCAGGCUUCGGAGAAAUGGCUCCCCCCCCCCUUUAGCCGUGCAUCAGCAGAACAAAGCAAUUACCUUGCCAGUAUAAAAGUGUUUAAUGAUCACAGCAAAAGAACAACACAGCCAUUCUGGGAGUAAAGGUGCUCCCAAUUAAGUUUUCCUCCUACUUCCCCCCAAGUCCAUCUCCGUCACUUCCCCCUUCUUGCAACCUGAUCUCGCAACCACUGGAGCCUUCUGUGUAGCAACCUUAUCAGCUCUCCUUGCCCUUGGAGAGAGCGGCUGGACACUUUCCAGCGAAGAAGAGUCGGUUAUCUCUCUCUCUCUUCCUGUUCUGCUUCUCCUAGCUGUUCCCCAUUCAGCUCUGCCCAACUGUUGUUUUCCAAACUAUGUCCCUCUGCAAACCAAUUCUCUAAAUCUAUACUGCUCCACUGUUCCUGGGUAGCUUCAGGAUCCUGGUUAGGAGCAGGAAGAGGGGGAGGUUCCCACAAUUCCUCAUCAAAGCUAUAAUCCUCAGUCUGGUCUCUGACACUUUGGCUUCACCGUUCAUCAACAGAUGGGUGGAAUAGUCAAAGCCUUGGGCAUUUAAAGCAUCACAUGGGGUUUUUUUUGCAAGAGCUGUGUAGUACUUUGAAGUCCUGAUUUUGGAACCCAACCACCCGACAUCAUUAUGAUAUCAGCUGAUUGACAGGUGGGCAGCCUCCUGCAUCAAGUUUUGUCUACAAGCCUAGAAUUUUAUAAUGGUCUGGCCCACAGAGCCGAAAAGGUUCCCCACCUUGGUUUCUAGUGCCAGGAACAAGCUGAAGUGAGCUAAGUCCCUGAGCAUACCUUCUUUCCCAUGCAGCUGGGAAAUCAGAAGCAUUCACUUCAAAUUCUAGUUAGCUACAAUUCGCUGUUUUCUCUGUUUGUGGAAUUGCAGUCAACAUUAACUGUUCAGUUAAGUAACAGAUUAACAGUGCUACAAAAGGGAAACUGUCUUAAGGUGUCAAGGGAUAUUAAUAUACAGUAAACCCACAACUUACAUGCAAUUAACUUGUGUGUAUUCAACUUUAUGUGCAUGGCAAAAUAAUAUUUUUUUUAUUAUUAUUAUUUCUUCUUCUUCUUCUUCUUCUUCUUCUUCUUCUUCUUCUUCUUCUUCUUCUUCUUCUUUGAAACGGGACAGGAUUUGGAGGGAAAUGAGCUUGGGAAUCCCACCCACCAUUGAACCCAAUGUAUUUUGACCAUACACAAUUUUGGCUUUAGGGACCAUCCCCAGAACGGAACCCCUGCAUGUUGCAGGCUUACUGUAAAUAUUGCAUCAAUCUGUAUUGCAUGUUUACUUGUUCUGUUUUCGUAAUUGAUAUACAUAUGCAUUUUAUUGAGAUUUUAAUUUUUUAAAAAACCAAGCCAAUUUGAUCACCUGUAGUUUGAAGUUGAUUUGCUUCAAAGUCUUGAUCACAGUCUAUCGUUCCAGGACAAAAUGAUAGUAAAAGCUUAGAAACUCCUCCUCCCGACAGGAUGGGGCAGUUCAGUGCAGCUUCUUACUGUCACAGUAAUCCAUAACUUUGUGACAUGCUUAUCAACAGCUGAAGAUGGCCAUUGGAACACACUUACCCCAAAACACAGUAAAAAUACAGGGUCAAUAAUAAAAGUUAUUACUUGACAGUGUGUAUUUUACUUGUUAAAAAUACUAUGAGUCUGUGUUGUACCAGGCUACCUAAAAUUCAAAUAUUGAUUGAUGGAUUGAAAGAUUGAUAGGAAGUCCUUAGAUGUUUUGUGUUGUGUCUUUGGUUUGUUGUGAUUUUGUUUUCAUUUUCUCCAUUUAUUCUUUACUUAAUCUUUUUGAACUGUAUGUAAAAACGCGAAUAAAAAUUAAUUCCAAAAGAAAGAAUGAUAUUAAAAUCAGCUGCAUUCUUUGUACAGACUCUCUCUCUGUGACUUGGCUGGAUCAGAACGAUGCCAUAAAGCACAAACCUUUGGAGACAGACUGAAAGAAGCAGGCAAUAUUAAUAAUUCUCUUCUUAUUCUUGGAAAAUGCAUUGCAGCUCUAAAGCAAAAUCAAAACCCUAAGUAAGUGACAAAAGUAAAUCUUCACACCAGUUUCACAUAAAACUGUUUAGUCUAACCUAUUGUUAUACGUUUAUAUUCCCCAAGAAGCAAGGUGUCUGUUUCAUUGGUUAAGAGUGCUGAAAACAUAUUUUAACACUAUUAUUUUCGUUUUUUUGUAUGCACGCUUUUUAUGAGGCAGCCACAUUAUGCUGUCCUCCAGUCAUUAACAGCCUGCAUUUUUUCUGUGCUGCUUAUGCCAUUUCUCUGUUUUCAAAAAUUCUCUCUGUGUUUUUUCAGAAGAAAGGAAAAGUACACAGCUUUCAUAGAUACAGACAGUGCUUUGUUUCUUAAAAAAAUGUUUAGGGGUACUCUCAUUUUUCUACUCAUAUUGAAAUACUGCCCCUCAAUGAGGCCAAAUUUAGAUAUACAAAGUGUUUAGGGGCAUGUGUACUCCUGCGUCCCCCCCCAGAAAAAAACCACUAGAUAUAGAUGCCGUUAGCACACCUUUUCUGUCUUUUGGGGUUUUUGACAUGGUCAAAACAUAUUAAGAAAAUCAGCCUAGUACUUCUCAGCAGGCAUUCACUAUGACCCUUGCUAUUUUAUGACUCAAUUUUGUUUUGUUUUAAUCUUUAUUUUAGUUAUUGCUAAAUGAUUUCAUGGCUAUAAUUACCGUAUAUUUUAAAUGAAAGAGGUAUAGUGCUGUAACACCAUAAUGCUAUAACAUUAUAGUACUACAGUCAUACCUUGGAAGUUGAACAGAAUCCGUUCCAGAAGUCUGUUCGACUUUUAAAAUGUUUGAAAACCAAAUUGCGGCUUCUGACUGGCUACAGGAAGCUCCUGCAGCCAGCCAGAAGUCGCAGAAGCCCCAUCAGACUUUCGGCUUACAAAUAUAGUUUGCAAACUGGAACAGUCGCUUCCAGGUUUGCAACGUUCAGGAGCCAAAACAUUUGGGAAAUAAGCUGUUCAAAAACCAAGGUACAACUGUUUAGCAUUUUUGCAAUAUAGUGUUAUAGCACUAUUCUUCUCUUUAGUUUUAAAAAAAUAAGUAGAUGGAAUAGUCUGUUGGCAAUAAUUAAAAAUGAAUGAAUAUGGGACCAAUCUGUUGAAUGUGAAAACAGCUAUGUCCUAAUAAGUAUUUGAUGUGCAGAUAAAGGGCAGAUAGCAAUCACACAUGUCUGAAUCCAUGCUUGCUUUUACAAAUCAUGCACAUGUUGAAAUUAAUGUUAAUAAAACUUUCCCUUAAGAUUAAGGCCAGCAUACAUUCCCUUCAGAGAGAGUAAACUGACCCGCCUCUUCCAGCCAUUCUUCUGUGGUAAAGGCAAAGCUUGCAUGAUUGUCAAUAUUAACCAGUGUGCUUCUACCUAUGAUGAGACAUUGCAUGUAAUGAAGUUUUCUGCUGUAGCAAAGCAAGUAAGUAAAAGGCUGUGCCCUUCACAACAUACCCCAAGCACCAUUACCUUGUUUUUUCCUGGGUGAAUACUACUACUAAUAAUAAUUUAUAAUAAUAAUUUAUUAUUUAUACCCCGCCCAUCUGGUUGGGUUUCCCCAACUACUCUGGAUGGCUCCCAACAGAAUAUUAAAAAUACGAUAAAAAAUCAAACAUUAAAAACUUCCCUAAACAGGGCUGCUUUCAGAUGUCUUCUAAAAGUCUGAUAGAUGUUUAUUUCCUUGACAUCUGAAGGGUGUUCCACAGGGUGGGCACCACUACUGAGAAGGCCCUCUGCCUGGUUCCCUGUAACCUCACUUCUCAUAGUGGGGGAACUACCAGAAGGCCCUUGGAGCUGGACCUCAGUGUCCAGGCUGAACGAUGGGGGUGGAGACAACCGUAUGGAAAUUAUCUUCUUUAUGAGCCAAUGCUUCCUGGCUGAGGUGUCUCCAUGCCAAGUAGCCUGUAGGAUCCUGACCUCUUUACUAGGAACACUUACUUGCUUGGGCCAUCUAACUGUAAUGCACGACAACAUAAAAAAAUGUAGCAGCUAGUCUUACAACCUCAAAUAUAACAUGCCUGAUAUAUAUCCAGACUCUCAUGUCUUCUGUCGAUGUUCUGAGUCUUCAGCUCACAGCAGCAAAUAUGUGUGUGUGGUGUUUUUGUAGUUUUAAGGCAGCCCUGUUUAGGGAAGUUUUUAAUGUGUGACAUUUUAAUGUCUUUUUAAUCUUGGAAGCCGCCCAGAGUGGCUGGGGAAACCCAGCCUGAUGGAUGGGGUACAAAUAAAUUAUUAUUAUUAUUAUUAUUAUUAUUAUUAUUAUUAUUGGCAUACCACCCACUAAUAUAAAAUACCAGGGUUGUAUACAACAGCGUAUACAAAUGCAAUAAAAUAUAAUAUACCAUAAAACAGCACAAAAUAAUUGUAAGUGUAAUUGGCUCAUCUUGGAAAAAAUGUUGAAACAAUUGAAUGGGCCUGUUUGGCUUCAAGAGGAGUCUGCAAGUUAGCAGGGAGGCUGCUUGCCAAAUGGCUGCUGCUGGUGUGUUCCACGUCAUGGGGCCAACGACACUAAAUGCCUGGCUUAUAGUUGGAACUGGCCAGGCUUUUAAAACACAGGCAGCAACUACAGGACUCCACUGGAUGAUCCCAGAGACUGAGUUGGGAUAAAAUGGCUGAAGGUAUCCUGAACCCGAGAGAGUCCAAAUUUAAGAAACAAAAGAGCAUACCUUACUGCUCUCUGUCUCUUAAAUCUUAACCUUACCUCCUCUUUGUGUAAAUGGAGAAGACAUGCAUGUUAGAAGGCUUCAGCAAAAGCACGCACAUGCUUGAGUUCUAUGUGUGUAUAUGAGCUGCAGUGUAAACUGUGAACAGAUAUGCCAUGACAAAUGCAUUUAAAGCUUGGUUCCUUAGACAACUGAACUUUUCAACUUGCUUCUCAAUUAUAAUCAUUGCAGUGUACUUCCCAAAGUUCUAAAAAUUCCCUUUGUGGCCUUCCAGGGCAGAUAACGCAAAACUACAAUUUAUUGUGAAAUUGUGCUCUUAUUUGUAAUUUAAACCACUGACACAGUAUUCUUUUUCAGGUUAUUCAAACAUUCCAACACAAAAUAUUUGAUUAUUUUCCCAAAAAAUAUAUUGGAAGGGAUGAUAGGCCUACAGUGCACUUUGAUGACAUAUCUGCAGAGCAGCUUCCAGAGGAUUCUUGUAUCUCCUCUGAAGAAGAGGAAAUAGAUAUAACUAUUAUGAACCAUGAGGUAAUGUUUAAAACUGUUUUCAGAUGAUCUGGUGCAUGCUUACUCAGUAGGAGAUAAAUCAUCUUAAUAGUGUUAAAAAUUAAUGGAGUGAUUCUUAAAUCAAUAUAAUACUUUGUUUGGACUGUUUUGAGUAGUGUUACCUAGCCUAAAUCCUUAACAGACUAUAGCGGUUAGGGACGGGGAAGAAUUUAAAUUCAGUUUGCAUUUAAAGCUGAAUUUAUCAAAUCCACACUUUCUGAAACAAAAUGAGAACUAAAACACAGUCCUUCAGUUUUUCCACUUAUCUCAAUUUUUUGAUGCGGUUCUCCAAACAAACAAGGUUUUACAAAUUUCUGCAGAAAUAUGGAGAACUAAAUUUAAGAUUGGAAAAAUGAGAAACUGAGAGAACCAUAACUGGCAGUUCCUUCCAUCCCUAGCAGCAGAUAGAAAACACUAAGUAUUUUCCCAGUUGUGUAAUGGGUUUCUUAGCCCUACCAACCAGCAUGUGACCCUUGGCUGAUUACCCCUUAGGGCAAUGUUCUCCAACCUUGUGCCCUCCAGAUGCUUGGACUACAAGUCUGUGCUGGCUGGGGCUGAUUGGAGGCAUAGUCCAAAACAUCUGGAGAGCACAAGGUUGGGGAAGGGAGGCCCUUGACAGGAGGUGGGGAAUGGUCUCCCAGUCCUACUCUAAUGAAUGGCAAAUGUUAGCUCAGGCACCUCAUGCUGUCUUCUGCUCUUGAUUCCAUGUUCUUAAUUUGACUUCAUUCCUGCAGGAUCUCUUGAAAAUGACAGAGAUCUUGAAGAGCAAGCUGAUUGCAGAGAGGCAAGGCAAGCUGCUCCUUGAGGUGCAAAUACGCAAGGAGAUGGCCGAAGCAAUGUUUCAGCAACUGAUGGAAACAGAAGAAGCCUGGAGGUGAGCCUUAAGACUUUGUAGCUGUGAGGAACUGAAAGGCCCCAGGCACCCACCACUCCAAGCAUGGCUUAGCACAUCAUCAGUUCUAGAAUAAGGCAUCAUAUUUACGGAUGCCUUAUUCUAGGACAGACCACUGAUGUACCAUGAUCUUUUGUUUUGUGUUGCAUGCUGAACUAUUUCAAAGCAGUUGGUUUGAAAAUGCCUUGCUUUUCCAAAUAUUUGUGCAAUAGCUUUCUAGCAAUCAUUUAAAUAUAUUCUGUGAUAACAUCCAAGUGUUAGAGACAUCUUCUACUGUCUCAAGACCUCUUAGCUAAAAUUAUUUUGUACUACUAUACUUGUAUGGAACCAAGAACCAUGUGUCUUGCACAAUACAGUGGAUGGCCAAUAUAAGAAAUUCUAUUAGCCACCCUUCAGCUUAAUUCAAUGUUUAUAUCAGGCCAACAGCAAUGGGACUGUACUACUAGAGUGAUAGGAUAUAAUAACAAUAAUUAAUAAUAAAUAGUGGGUUUAAUUCUGUUGAAAAUGGUGGGCAUUCACAUUUCUAGUUUCUUUCUGAAUGGAAAUCUGAGUUUCACUGUUCGAUCCAGUGCACAUUUACUAGGAAGUAAGGUAUAUUGUAGUAAAUUGAUUUUACUUCUUACUAUGUAAUAAAAUUAUAAGCCUGUCUUCAUGCUGCAGUUCAUGUGGCCACAGCAACUCCAGCAUGAUGGCAGACCAGCAGGCUGAUGACCAGGGAAGCUGUUUAAAGGAGAUCCGGAGGAACUUCAGAGAGUAAUUUUGCAAACUGCUCUCUGAAGUGUUCCUACCCUCCUUUAAAGUAGGAGGGGCUGAGCUAUAAGGAAAGAGAGGUGGCAAAGCUGUGAGGGAAGGCUUGGGCAGCCUGUGAGGGCAUAGGCAAAGGAGGGAGGGGUAAAAGGAGGAGGGGUUGGCCAGAUGUCAGUUACUAUGAGGUUAGUCCUUAUUUGUACAGGAAACCUCUAGGAAACAUGCAUGGGACAUAAUUUGUGAUCUUAGCUAUGGGUUGGAACUGGAGUUCUUCCCAUUAAAUGAAACGAGGGCUUCUAUAUAAUAGAAAUGAGAUAAGAGACAUAUUUUGACAAUUCCUCUGUGCUACUGCUCAGAGGGAAGAUCUUCUGACCUCAGGUGCAGGAUAGGGAAAGGGUGCUGGGAUUGGAGACGGAUGCAUUUUGUACCCACCCCUAUGUAGGCUUGUUAAUUGAGUCAUUAGUAUAGAUAAUUAGUAAUUAAAAGUAUUUUGUCUGUCUCUCAUUGCUAAUACUAUCCAGUAAACGCUUAGAAGAUCUGAAAGAAAGGUAUGAAGAAAAAAUGGAGAGUAAAUUUGAAAUGUACAAGGAGGCCAUAAAGAAGCAUGCAUACAUGUGUGCAAUGGAUCAAAUUGAAAACCACUAUGUGCCAGUAGAGGAGUUCAUUGCUGAGCAAGCAAAGGUCGAGGUACUUAUUCUCUAAAACUUGUUAUCUUUGUCCAUUGUACACGCUGGCAUUCUUUCCAAGGUAUCUGCAGGAAUUCUGUUAAAAGGUUAAGUUGUUAAAUGAAAGCUCUGAAAAGGUAGGGGUUAUAUUGGGCUGUGGUUUUUUGUGGGAGAGAGUGAUGUUAGUUAAUCCUCGUGACUUUGGAUGUGCCUAUGUAUUUUGAAAUGUUGUGUGCCCCCAAAAUAUUUUGACAGGUGUCAGCCAAAAGUACAUUGUCUGGUGGUAUACCAAUAAAGUUUUAGACAUGAAAGGGUUCCUGUUAUGUACUGAAGUUCUCACCCUGGGCCAUCAGGGGGAUACUGUAGAUAGUUUUCACUCAGGUCCACGUCAGUUAUUUUAGGCGGGAAACCCUGGGUUGUUGUUGCUACAAUGUUGACAGCCGGCUGCCUAUAAAAGCAGGCCGGCUAAGCUGUUUGCUGUUGAGUUUUGUUCCAGCUUACAAAAUAAAGAGCUGCUUUGGAGAAAUCGCUGUGUCGUCUGCCAUGUCUACCCACUAUUCAACAGUUCCUAAAUAUAUUUAAUGCAGAAAAUAUUAGACCAAAGUGGGAUGUGACACAAAUAUGUUUGUUUUCCAAAGCUCAUCAUAUUGGAUAAGGAAAUAGGUGCUAAAAGUUAUCUUAAUUGUUGCUUAAAGUGAUGGUGGGGCAGGGGAGAAGAACAGCUAAGCUUUUUUUUUUUAAAGCACAUGCUGUUACUACAAUAAAAUGUACCAUUUGAGUAAAUUAUUAUGAUUCAAAAUUAUUAUAAUUCAUCUUGUUGCUCAGGACAGAGAAAUGAAAAUACUAGAGUUGAAAGCAAAACUUGGUAAACUCAAUACCUUGCCUUCAGAAAGUCCUAAUUUAGACUCUGCAGAAGGGAAUAUUGAUCCAGGUAAGCAACCUGCAUUCUUGAGCUUAAGGUUUUUUUUCCUGAAAAGUGGUCCAAAUAUUCUUAGCCUUGUUUUGCUUCUCAGAUCUUAAAUGCAAUGCUUCAGAUGCUUCGCAGGGACAAUGUGAUGAGAGAGAAAAGGUAACUUCCCGAUUCCUUCCGUGGUCCCUCCUGAUUCUCUGCUUCAUUAUCAAAAUAUUUCUUAGAGCUCUUUGAUCAGGGGCUGGUAAAAUAAGUAAGGUGGGGAUGGGGAACCUGUGGUAGUUCGGUUGUUGCUGGACCAUAACCCCCACAAUUCCUGACCACUGGAUGGGACUGAUGGGAGUUGGGAGUCCAACAGUAUCAGGGUUGGGGGCUAGCGGAUUCCUAAACCCUGACCCUACAAUAGAGCAAAAUCACGGUCAGUCAAAGGUUGCAGCAGAGAGUUACACCAACAUGACUCUCCCUUUAAACACUAAUCGUAACAAUAAGAUUCUUUUGCAGCAAAUAAGAUCCUUGAACUUAAAAAUAGAGAAAUUAAAUGAAAUGUUGCAAGAUGCCAAUGAACUCUACAGACAAGCAAUGGAAGAAAAUAAUAGACUUAAGCAAGUGAUGAUGCAUAAGGUUUGUCACAUGGCUACUAAAGCUGCAUUUGACUGUUCUCUCUCUCAGCUAUUUCUCCUGCUUAUGACUGCUAUACCUGUUAGUCUUAACCUCCUGCAUGACUUGAAACUCUCUAUAUUUCAAAUUUAUCAGGAUAAGAAGAUUAACUUGAAAAUGCAAUUUUCUGCUCUCUUCCUAUUCAAGCUUUUGGUGAGCAAAUAAUAGAAAAUAUGAGGUCUUACAAUGCAUUUCAUUAUAUUUGAAGUAGACUGCUGUACAUACCAGCUAAGCAACAGAGGUAUCGUCUUGACUGAGAACUGGCGAUUUCAAGAUGGCCUCUAACCUAUUAGAAAAUGUUUAACUAUGUAUUCAUUUUGGCUGCUCACCUUCAGAGGAUGCCAGUGAGAUAUAUUAAAAUCAGUAAAUGCCAGGACUCAUUCUACCUCUAAUGCAUCCUUCCAUGGCUUAACAGGAAGAAGUCAAGGGUCUUCAAAACCGGGCUAAGCGUGGCAAUCAGCUUGAAGCCACAGUGUCUCUUCUACAAGAGGAGCUACGUGAAAGCAAAAAACUCCUAAGCACAGAUUCGAAGCAUCAGAAAUCCAAGAAGGGCUUCUUUGCAAAUCUGAAACAUACCCUAGCAGAUGUUCCUAAAACACUCGGUGACAAAGACUCAGAAAAACCUGAGGCAUCUUCUACAAGCUCUCACAAGUGA